AUGAACAACCCACAGGAACGACACAACAAUGUUCACUUUCUAGCCAUUGCCGAUAUGGCCACCCCUACAUCAGCUUCUCCUCAGACCCUGGCUGACUCGGCGCCACAGCGCACUCAGCACAACUCUAUAUACACUCCACGUGGUUUAUUCAAUCAAGUGACGUUGCCAAACCCUUCGCACCUUCAACUCUCUCUCGCUAAACGAAGAACUAAAGCAGAUCAGCGGCUGCUCUCCGAAUUCGGUCUUACGAAGAAUACUCCCAUGCGUCGCUCUAGUCACAACGCAAUGGGAAAAAGGAUGUUCUUCCUGCUCUCAGGACAUCAUCAUAUGCAGAAAGUGGUGCCUCCCUCUUACGAGCAUGCCCUACAGCUAGACAAGAAGGCCUUGCUUGUGUCGCAGUACCGCUUGCCCUCGUUCCGAGAGGGAUUUUCACACUGGAUCCAGGACACCAGUCUCAUGGACCCAAUGCAAUCGGAGAUCACGGUCGAUAGACUCUCCCGUGGGCAGGAGAUUUCGGGGUUACAUUUGCCAAGCAUUGUAACAUUGCUUAAGAGGGAAUGGUAUUGA